AUGGAAAAGUGCCAAACAAUAGCGGAAAACAUUCCACACAAGUUGUGCGAAGCUUGUGGCUUUGAGCAUUUAUACCUCGCCAUUAAAAAUAAAAACAAAAACAAUUUAUAUGUAACAUGCGAAAGACAUAAACUUAGCUUUGCGUUUGCCUUCCUCAUCUCACGAAUUAAGAAACACAAAUUUGUUUUAGAUGGUCAUGUUAAGACCGACACGUUUGCACUAUAA